AUGUCUGGCAGCGGUGUCGAGCAAGCCUCUGGUUCCCGGCAUUCCCAGCCGUCUCCGUUUGGGCGACAAUCAUCGGUACCUUCCUAUGGCCAAUCCGUAAACGAUGCUUCCACUUCCUCCUUUGAGGUCUCACCGAUCACACCCUUCUCCCCUCUCAAUACCCUGGCAAACACCACGUAUCCAUCCUCCCGUCGAUCUCCAUUCGAGUCCCUCAAUUCGAUAUCCGCAAAUCACCUGCAUUCUGGCGGUCAACCUGACGGCCAAACUGGACGUGACUCUCCCGAUCCUGACGACUAUUAUCGACAGACACCAUCUUUGUCAGCACAACUCCACGCGGGUGUUGGCAAUGUGACAGGCGCAAGGGACGACAUGGUGACGGGACCCUUCAACCCAAAUGAGAGAGUGUCCGCUCUGCCAACAAACGUCCUGGAGCCCUCACGCAUCAGACGCCCAAUACAUCGCUCCGUAUCUGAUUCGCCCACCUUGGGAGAAAGCCCCACUGCAAAUGUAUCUGCAGCAAGGCCCGCUAUCAAUCCCCGACAACCUUCAUUUAGAGACCUUGUCAACAGAUUCAACAGUACAUCUGACGCUGUCCUCCCCCUACCUUCCGCAUCUCGACCAACUUCACGCGCCGCGAGCCCGACAGGCAGUGAACACGGAUCAGAACGCUCUUCUUUGUCACGACGUCGUCAAUUGCGUGAAUCAUUACCGCCGAUCUUCGACGUGAGCAGCCCCACUGUCGAGAUUGAGUCAACACCAUCAUUGCCUCAAGUUGAAGGACCGACACGGCCCUUGACAACGGUUCCGCUGCCUCUCCAUCAACGGAUUUCUGAAUCGCAUCCACGCAGACCGUUGUUCGGUGAAUUGUUGACGCUUAAUACGCAGCUGGCUGGUCCAGGCCUUGGAAUUCCGGCGCACCUGAGACGGCGGGGCUCCGACGGUAGCAUACCAAGUCCAAACCCGGCAUUUCUGGACCCGGCUAAUCCAGCCUCUAUACGAACACCGCUGACGCCAACGGCGUGGUACCUGGGACAGGCAAACUCGCUCGAGGCAGUUCAAUCUAGUGGAAAGAAGAGUCUCAGUCACCGCAGAUCGCGAAGCGACUUUGUGAAUCCCUACACCGAGCCCCUUGCCGAGCCGUGGAAUUCUGAAAUGGCGGUUUCAGCACCCUUGCAGCAGUGGAAGCCGGGCGACGCCUCCCCCGAAAGUCCAAAUUCCAGAUCCCGCAUUCCGAUCUCUUCCUGCCGCCGAAGCUCUGGUUCCGGCUCAGAAACUCUUUCUCCAACCGCAAAUGCGACAUUCAGGAAUCGAUCCAACUCUAUUUCAUUGGCUCCGAAGGGCACGAGUCGACUUCCCAAACCUUCUGGUAUUAAUAGUCCUCCUCGUACGACAGAAGAUGGCCCCGCUUCGUUUGCGAUGACAGCGCGUGGCCGCCGAGACGUGGCCGCUGGCCGAACCCGUCAUUCAGCAGCGGACCAGAAUAAGCUCCUACAAGCCUACGUUUCAGCUCCACCAUUCAAAAAAUCACCGCCAUUGAGAAGCUCACGGCCUCGGCAACCUAUUUCCACGGCUGGCUCAUCAUCACCACGCUCACCUCGAUCUCCUGAAAUUGGGAAAAGGUUAUCGUCCCUGCAAAAAGUCGCCGAUCGUGGUGCAGAGCGAAACAAUUACCGACCACGCCAACGUCAAUUGCCCGAGCUAGGCAACGUGGAUUUUGAAACUCGUCGGCAACGCAUCCAGCAAGCCUUCAAUCGUUCUGUUCAAGAGAAUGAACGAAAAGAAGAGGAGGAAGCGGAACUUCGACGUCGUACAAAGGUUAUAGUAGUGCCCGAAUCCCCCGAAGACGAGCAGACAACACCGAGUGCAGCUACUAGUAAUCAUCCUUUACCUCUAGCGAUGGCUACAACAGUAACAGAACCGACAGAAACUGCUGUUGGUGGCAGCAUGGAACAUCGAACUGUGCCCCAGCUUCAUUUGAAUACAUCGGUUUCUGUUACGGAGAGCGGUGCUCCCCAUACCACGAUGGAUUCUCCAACACUUGGGCUCCCCGGUGGUAGUCAACGUGACCUUUCGAAUAAUGGCAUACAUGAAUCAAGAGCCCCGGAUUGUGCUACACCAAACUCCGCUGGCUCUGAUGAUACCCAUAUCGAUCCAGAGCCACAGAUGCACCUAACAGCACGCAAGCCUAGUGCGGCCGAAACAAACCGCACUUUGUUGAACCACAUCAUGCAGAUUCGUGAAUCUAGCUCCAGUAGCGAAUCAUGCGACGAGCCCGAUUGCAGCAUGUCUGAGACUGAUGAUAAAGAGUCGAUCCAAAUUAUGCUUACUGGGCCUGGCUUCUUCCGAUCUCCUAACUCUCAGGAUCCUCAAGAAGCUAGACAAGCCCAGCCAUUACAGCAGCAGCAGUCGAGCGCUGCUAAUCCAUCUGAUCAUAGAUGGAGCAUGAGCUCAUGGUCCUCUUCAGUCCAAAACCAAGAAUCGACUUGCGACGAACAAUGCGACGAGGAUAGCGGCGACGAUUCGAUUCUCCAUAUACCCACUCACGGCAACGAGGAGCCACCAACUGAACCGUGCUCAGCCAUAUCAACACGCCCGGCAUCUUUCGCUGAUGAUGAACAUGAGGAUGGUCCUCUACAGGAUCUGGGAUUAAUGGGCCCAGAUACGCUCCAAACAUCUCAAUUGCCAUCGGCCAAUCUCUUCUCUACCCCUCCCAUCUUAGUCAAGAGAGGUAAAUGGGACUCGCGUCGUGUUACACAAUUAUAUCUGGAGGAACUGGCUCGAGGUAGAGCUCCCGAUCAUGCCCUUUCCGCGGCUCGGGCCUCUCCUGGUCUUAUGGCCGCCCGCCAAACGCCAGUCCCCAGACAAAGGGAGUAUGCAACGGAACCACAUGAUGAUAGACACCAAGACGCAAGGAUUCCCGAAAUGCGAGUUGAUGCCCCAACGGAUAGCUUGACAGAUGAGCCUGUGGUAGUGCCCAGAUUCCAAGACCCUUCCAUCCUCGCUAACCGUCACUCCAAUGCGGCAAGUCUGGUUGGGCCUGGUGACUGGGAGGAUGCUUCCCCGUCCGUUAUGGACUGGAUGCAGAUGGCUGCCGAGGAUGAUCAAGUUACGCCUGCCAAUGACCGGCCUGACUUCAUGAAUGACGCAGGCUUAGGGCUAUCUCACACCCAGCUUCCAGUCGAGUCUCACAAUUCUCUUGGACCCCCUGCCGCUAUUCACAGCAUCCACAGUCAACCGCUGCCGAGUCAUGGCCAUCAUAGUCUCCCGAUCCACCUUCCUGUGGUAUCUCACAGUGCUGGAAGCAGCGAAGAUUCUUCACUUCGUCGCAAUGAUCUAAUUCAUUCCGAUCAAGCUGCAGGUUCUUCUGCCACAUCCUUGGCACCAUCUGCUGAAAAUCCAGUGAGCAUGGACUCGAGGAAGUCGCCUUCACCAGAGCAAAGACGACUCAAGAAACGACGGAACGUCAUCAAAGAGCUCGUUGACACGGAACACACUUUCGGGCGAGAUAUGAAGGUCGUGGAUGAUAUUUAUAAGGGGACCUCGGGGUCUUGCCUGGACCUCUCGCUAGAGGAUGUGAAAAUUCUUUUUGGCAACUCUGCUGAAAUUGUGCAAUUCUCCCAAUCUUUCCAGGAUGCACUUAAGCAAGCCGCCAGAAGUAUUUACGUUAUGCCCAAGUCCCAGCGCUGGACCAGCAAACGAAAUGCUGAUCGACCUCCUCCGGCCGUCGUUGAGGAUACAUCGGCGGAUGGAGGAUUCUCGGGCCUCGAAAAUGAUCGUGCCACGAAGAUUGGGGAGGCCUUUAUUACAAACUUGGCUCAAAUGGAAAGAGUCUAUUCUGAAUAUUUGAAAAACUAUGAUGCUGCAAACAAGAAACUCCAGGUCCUCCAGGGAAAUCCGAAAGUCGAUAUCUGGCUGCGGGAAUGUCGCGAAUGGGCGGCAGAUCUUACCACUGCCUGGGAUCUAGAUUCAUUGCUGGUCAAGCCCGUGCAACGAAUUCUCAAAUACCCUCUUCUCCUGAAUGAACUUCUAGCUGCAACCCCGACUGAUCACCCCGACCACGCACAGCUUCUGAACGCCCGCACAGAAGUUACAAACGUUUCUGUCAGAAUCAAUGACAUGAAAAAGCGUGUUGACGUUGUGGGCCAGGUAGUUGGUCGGAAACGCAACCAGUCCGAUGUCCGGGCUGGCCUGUCCAAGGCCUUCGGUCGUCGCACAGAGAAGUUUCGGCAACAAGUGGGGAUGUCCGACUUAGUCGAAGACAAGGAAUACGACGCCCUGGCUCAGAGCUUUGGCGACGGGUUCUUCCAAUUGCAGGUGGUCAUGCGUGAUGUCGAGAUGUAUACCCAAGAAAAGUCACGGGCCAUGGAACAAUUCAAUGAGUUUGUUCUUGCCAUUGAAGGCAUGUUCAAUGUUUCGCCGACCCAAUACCACGAGUUGGAGACAAAAUGGCGCCUGUUCAAGAAUACGAUGAGGGAGAUCAUCACCGUGGACUUGCCGGAACAUCUUGCCGUGGUUCGCGGUACUGUCAUUCAACCAAUGGUCUCGUUGCUUAAAGUCUACGAAGGGCCCCAGCGAGUCAUGAAGAAGCGCGAUAAGCGUUUGAUUGAUUAUGGUCGCUAUAAGGCCCUGGUUGAUCGCGGUGACAAGCCUGAUAAGAAAACCACCGAACAGGGCGAGCAAUAUACCGCUUUGAACGAAACCUUGAAGGAAGAGCUGCCAAGGCUAUAUGCAUUGACUGCGAAGCUCAUGGAAGCCUGCCUCAAGAACUUUGUUCAAAUCCAGACAACAUGGUGGGGGAUCAUGCAAAAGAAGGUGGGAGCUCACGUGGACUCAUUCCCAGACUUCGAGAAGCUGGUUAGCGACUGGAGCAGUGACUACUCUCUGGCCGAGGCGCAGGUUCUUUCUCUUGGCAUUUGCAAUGGGGCCCUGCUGGCUGACACCGUGAAUCUUGUCAACUUCAAUACCCCUUCGGCAGGAGUUGGCAGCGUGAGCUCUCCCCGUCGGCCUUCUAUGGGCUCAACACGUCGAGCCUCCACAGCCACUAGCUCUAUCCACCGCCGGUCGAUUGUAGAAGAGUCGCCAAAGGUUUCUCAGGAUUUUAAUGGCGUCAGGCAGCUCUUCCAGUCUCCCCGGGUCGAUAGCUUUUCAAGCGACACCCGUCACCGGGCUGACUCGGCUUUCUCCGGGCGCGCCAUUCCCCAAUCCCCAGAUACCUCACGCAGCCUACAACAAGUUACCCGCCCUUCUUCUGGCGCCGAGGACCCCCAGCAAUCGGCUGCAACCGAGGCAUUCCCAAGUCUGCCCAGGCUCAGCAUUGAUGGGCCUUUACUUGCUGAGAUUCUCAGAGCCACUACUAGUAGCGAUAACGACCAACCAGUGGCUACAGAUCGAUACUCUGGCCUUUUCUCGUCUGCCAUGCCAAUGUAUGAUGGUCCCGCCGACAGUGCACCCCAGCAAGAUCUUGGAGUUCAUACCCCUACCGAACCUACGGUCUUGUUCCUUGCUGCAAGUCUGUACGAAUUUAAUAUCGAUCGUGCCAGACGUGAGGCAGGUUACCCUUACUUGACUUAUGUAGCGGGAGAAAUCUUCGACGUCUUUGGAGAGAAAGGUGAACUAUGGCUUGCUCGCAACCAAGAUGACUCUACCAGCCAGAUUGGCUGGAUUUGGAUGAAACAUUUUGCCAAGCUGUCGUCAUAG